AUGUCGCGGGGCCCCGUGGCGGCGGGGCGGCUGCUGGCGCUGCUGAUCUGUCUGAAUUAUGGACAUGGGCUCUAUGUGAAGGUUUAUAACCGAAAUGACAGGAGUGGCCUGCUGUCUCACCCCAGCAGCCCAGUCAGACAGAAGCGAGAAUGGACAGUCCCUCCAGCUUUCAUACGGGAGGAGGAGGACAAUUCCUACAAGAAUCCAAUUGCUAGAAUACAUUCAGAUCUUGAAGAUACAGGAAUUGUAGUAACUUACACUAUAUCUGGUCAAGGAGUAACAGAACCCCCUUAUGGAUUAUUUGUUAUCAAUGGAAAGACUGGUGACCUGAACAUAACAGGAAGGGUGGACAGAGAAAAGACUCCCAUUCUUCUUGUCCGAGGCCAUGCGCUAGAUAAGAAUGGGGCAAAACUGGAAGAGCCAAUCGACCUCCCAAUUAAAGUUGUGGACAUAAAUGACAAUUUUCCAGUGUUUUCACAUGAAGUUUUUGUUGGUUCAAUUGAAGAAUUAAGUGAAACAGGUACAAUUGUGUUGAGGAUAAAUGCAACAGAUGCAGAUGAACCAAAUAAUCUAAAUUCCAAAAUUGCUUUCAGGAUUGUUUCUCAAAGCCCUAGCGCUGCAUUCAGCAUGGAUAAGAAUACUGGUGAGGUUCGAGUGGCAAAAAUAAACCUUGACAGAGAGACACAAAGUAGCUAUUCUUUGGUGGUGGAAGCAAAGGACCGUGGUGGUGAAAAAGGUGGGAAUGCUGCGACAUGUUCUUUAGAAAUCAAGAUUCUGGAUGUCAAUGACAAUCUGCCUGUUGUUGAAAGUCGUGUAUUUGAAGGCAGCAUUGAAGAAAACAGAGCAAAUGUGGAAAUUAUGCGAAUAAAAGUAUUUGACAAAGACGAAGAGUUUUCUGAUAAUUGGCUGGCAAACUUUACAUUUGUUUCUGGCAAUGAAGGUGGUUUUUUCAAAAUUGUAACAGAUACCCAAACAAAUGAAGGAAUUUUGACUGUUGUGAAGGAGCUGGAUUAUGAAAAAAUGCAAAGCCUAAACUUAGGCAUUGUUGUUACAAACAAAGCAGAGUUCCACAAGUCAAUUAAACCCAGUUACAAACCAGAAACAAUUCCAAUCAAAAUUAAGGUGAUCAAUGUGCAGGAAGGCCCUGUGUUCCCUGGUGGCACAAAAAUUAUUGAAGCAAGUGAGAAACUCCAAAUAAAACAGGUUAUUGGACAGUAUCAAGCCUAUGAUGAAGACACUGGAAAAGUAGCAGAGCGCAUUACAUACAUGAAAGGAAAAGAUGCAGCAAACUGGAUCACUGUAGACUCAGUCACAGGUGAAAUCCGACUUGCUAAAAAUCUUGAUUACGAAUCACCUCAUGUAGUAAAUGGUACCUACACUAUCACCAUGUUGGGUGUAACUACUGAUUCCCCAAGGAAAACAAUCACUGGCACAGUCGUAAUUCAGGUUAAAGAUGAGAAUGAUAACUGCCCAGUUAUUGUGAACCCUGUGCGGACUGUGUGUUCAGAUGCAAAAUUAGUUGAUGUUACAGCUCAUGAUUUGGAUGGUUACCCCUUCAGUUAUCCCUUCAGCUUUACUGUCAUUGAUGAGCCAGAAGGGACAGCAGAAAACUGGAUAAUUGUAUCUGGAAAUGACACCAGUGUACAGCUGGUACCCCAAAACCUGAAGCCGGGCAGAGCUGAAGUUCCCAUGCUAAUAAAGGAUUUCCAAGGGGUCAGCUGUGCUCUGCCACAGUCUCUGCAGCUGACUGUUUGUGAGUGUACAGAUGAUGGUGUGUGCCAGGAGAGGUUUAUUGGAGCAAAGUCAGUGGGUCUGGGACCAGCUGCAAUUGCACUAAUCAUCUUGGCAUUUUUACUUCUGCUGCUUGUUCCACUGUUGCUGCUGCUGUGUCCGGGUGGCUUGGGAGCCAAGGGAUUUGGUGGAGCAAAGACGUUUACUGACAUACCAGACCACAGUGAAGCGAUGCUGCGCCAGUGGAACAGUGAAGGAGCAGCUCCUGAGGAGAAGCCAGUGCUAAGCUUCAUUCCACCCACUGCACUUGGGAACGUGAAAGGAGGAACAACAGCAGCGGCAGCAGGAGCAGCAGCAGGAGCAGGAAUGAGUGGAGAAGGAGCUCUAAUAGGAGCAGGCAGCUCUGUCUCUCAUGUAGGAGAACAUCACAACACCAUUACCAGGGAAAGAUGGGAAGAGCAAAGGCGUCUUCUUUCUGCUGCCGACUAUGGAGCCAUGGCAGCUGGAGCAGCUGAGGGCAUGGCAGGUGUGGAUGGGAAGACAGUCGUGUCUGGAGGAGGAGCUGCUGUGGGAGCGGCUGGAGCCAUGAAUGAAGAAUUCUUAAGAGACUACUUCAACGAUAAAGCUGUCUCUUUUGCGGAAGAAGAUGAAGAGCAAGCUGCAAAAGACUGUCUCCUGGUUUAUUCCCAGGGAGAAUCAGGCUCCCCUCAUGGCUCCGUUGGCUGCUGCAGCUUUAUUGAGGGGGAUCUUGAUGACCAUUUUCUUGAUGAUUUAGGAGACAAGUUUAAGACUCUAGCAGAAAUAUGUAUAGGUAGACAGAUCAACAUGAAAGACGGUGGCUACAAGAAUGAAUCAGGUUUUGGUCUUAGUGAAGCAAAGUCACAGUCCUUACAUCAGCAAACUGCUUCCACCUCUGAACAAGCCUUUGCCUCAGGCAGUGGUUUCCAGUCCAUCCCACCUGUGCACACAGGCAGUAGCACAGGGGAAAGCACCCUGUCCAAGGAGGUGGUCACAGAAACAACCUUUUCAUCAUCCCACUCUGGGCAGCACAGUGCCCAGCACCUCCCCACGGGCCACGCAGAGAGCAAUGUCACCGUGACAGAAACAUCCUAUUCUGUGGGGGCUCCUGCCCGCUCAGCCCCUGUCUUUUUAGACCCCCAGUUUAAGGAGAACGUAGUGGUGACAGAGAGGGUGCUGGCACCUGCAUCAAGCAUUCAGGGCAUGGUGAAAAUCCCUGAUUUGCCACACGGAAGUAAUGUGGUGGUUACAGAAAGGAUGGUGAAGUCAGCAGGUGCAGGGCCAGGAGCCCUGACAGUUCAGGAUCUUCCUGACUCGCAGUAUGUCGUGGUGAGGGAGCGAGAGAGGGUCCUUGUGCCUGCUGCAGAGCAGGGCUCGCUCAGCUUCCCCGCUGCCGCACAGGAACGCAGCAUGGUGCGCAAUGAAAGGGUGGUGACAGCCUCAGGGCUGCAGAGCAGAGCUGAACAGGCCACAGGUGCCAGCUCAGGAAGGCAAGAGCAGGCUCUGAUCACAGACUCCCCACUUAACCUGAUGGGCUCUGACUCACAAGGGCCGUCUCCUGCCAGUGCCACACUGAGCAAGUCUUCCAGGGUCACCAAAUACAGCACAGUGCAGUACACUCGCUCAUAGCCUGGCUCCGUGCAGGGGUGGCAGUGUCCAGCACCCUUCUGUCUGCAUCCUGCCUCGGGCCUUUCCAUGAGAUCCAAAUUUGCUGGAGCUUCCAGAAUGACAUGUACUCAUUUGCACUAGUUUGUAUAAAUAUGGAUUAUAUGACCAGGAAGUUAGUGAGGAAAUCUGGUGUUAUGUUACAUUGGCCUUUGAAAUGGAAAGAUGUGGGAAAUAACUUUUUUCUCCUGGUUUGCUGGUGUUUUUUAUUGCUUUUUAUUAUACAGAUAGUGAAUGAUGCCACAUAACUACAGCUGCAUAAUUAUGGGAAAACAGGAAAAAAGUCUCCAGUCUAGUGAUGGAUAGUAGCCUGCAAAGCACAAGUUUUUGAACUGCUAUUGAAUGUAUCUGAAGUCCUCCUGUGAGGGCAAUCAGUUUCUCAUUGUGUGUUUGCCAUUGUGUUGUGGGCCAUGGUAGCUCCUCCUGAACCUUGUAAAAAAUCUUCCUGAGAAGCCCAGGCCACCAAAG